AUGGCUUCCCGCAAGGAGGGCGAUUCCCGCCCGGCGCCGUCGGGGGGCUUCCAGGAGGUGGGGGGCGUCCCCUUGGGCUUCCUGCAGGUGGAGGGGACGCCGAUGUUCGCCUUGCCGGAGGUGCUGGGGGCGCUCUUCCAGGGCAUCCCGAGGGCCGCCGUCAGCCGCCAGAUGGAGAGCCUCCGCAUCCGGAGCCGGCGCUGCGACCCCAAGGAGCUGCGGAGCCUCAAGGCCUUGCGCUCGGUCCCGCGGAGGGCGGUCCGCUGCUCCCUGAUCGCCAAGGCCGACCUCGAGGCCCUCCUUAGAGCCUCCUGCCAGGCCUUGCGCCUCCGUCCCUCCGAGGCGCCCUCCAAGCAGCCCCCCUCCGAGCCCCGUCCCAAGCGGCCCUCCUGCGGCUGCCUGGCCAAGAAGCCCCGCUCCAAGAUCGAAGGCACCUCCGCCGGCUCCUCCAGCGACUCCAGCUCCAGCUCCAGCGAGUCUUCGGAGGAGGAGGAAGAAGAAGAAGAGGAGGAGGAGGACAGCGGGGACUCCGUCCAAAGCACCCGCUUCCGACAGGUCCAGCCCAAGGCCCUGCGCCCGGACCCCAGCCUCCUCUUCUGGGCCAGGAGCCUCCGAGCCUCCGCUUUGGAGCCCAAGGAGAAGAGCCCCAGCGCCGCCCGCCCCGUCCAGGGCUUCGCGGCGAGCAAGGCCCCCUCCUCGGCGUCGUCGUUGGAUGACCCUCGGCGGGAAGGCUCCGGAGGCCGGGAGGCCCACUUCGACCGCCUCAUCCGCCAGUCCAAGCUCUGGUGCUACGCCAAAGGCUUCACCCUGGACGCCAAAGGCGACUCGUCUCGGAGGACGGCGUCGUCGGGCAGCAAAGGGCGGCGGAGGAGGCGGAGGGCCCCCCGGCAGAGGCCGGCCAGCCGCCCCGCUCCCCCUCCGCGGAGCCCCUUCUCCCUGCUGGGCUCCUUCCCUUGCCCCCCGGCCUUAGUGGUGGGCUCCGACGGGGACCUCUGCCCGGCCUCCUCCCUCCGCGUCCAGGGCAAGCCUCCCAGGGCCAGGAGCCACCCGCUCUGGAGCUGGCAGAUGGGCCGCCAUCCGUUCCCCGGCCCCGGCCUCAGGGCCCCCGCAGCCGAGGUCGCCCGGGAGGACGGCUAG